AGAGGUCAGGCCAAUGUAAAACUAGAUAUGUGGACAUGACAUGGAUUGACAGACGCUGACAGGGAUUUUAGUUAUGCGGAAUCCCGCCCUGUCAGGCAGUGCAGUUGAGACAUGAGCUUCCUCUGGAUGUCCUUGGAAACAUGUCACAAAACUAUUAGCUGCAGUGAGAGACGGACGAUGGAAGAUGAUGAUGCACAUGAAAGCCUUCGUGCCGGUGGUAAACAGCCGCGACAUGUCCAUAGGAGUCAGCAUAGACCUAGUUGGUCGGCGCUCCGCUUGUGCGAGCCGGUGAGACUGUCUGCACGUCUUACAGAUCCUCUGAGUCGACGGCUGCGUGCGGCGUUCUUGCUUGCUUCGUCUCUCUUUGUCGCUGCACAAGGCUGAGUAGUGACUAUGGGGAUGCGUAGCGAUAACUCGGCAGGAUCAUCUGUGAAUGCACAUGGUGGCGCAAGCCAACGUAUCCUGAUCCAUUCGGUGACAUGC